AUGCCAGCUGUCGGCCAAGGAGCACAGACAGCCAUACAGGAGUGCCAAUACCAGUUCAAGUCUAAUCGAUGGAAUUGCUCUACACCCUAUGGUUCAGGAAUUGUUGGACCGAUUCAUAAAUUAGGUACACGUGAAGCUGCCUUCACCUACGCUAUUUUGUCUGCCGGUGUCACCCAUGAGAUUGGCAGGAGGUGUAAGCAAGGUUUAUUGGCGUCAUGUGGGUGUUCAGAUGAGGCGAAACCGAAGAAUGUGGCCGAUGAUUGGACAUGGGGAGGCUGUGGCGACAACGUUGACUACGGCUAUCGAUUUGCGAAAAAAGAUUCUCAAGCGUCACACGGCGCCAAAAUGCAAAUGUCAUGGCGUAUCGGGUUCAAUGCAACUGAAGACGUGGUUGGUCAGCUGCCCACAAUGCGGCAAGUCGCAACGAUAACUUCCAACAAGUACAAAAAUGCGAUCAGGGUUCAACAAGCAGCGGAAGGUGGUGGUAAGCGAAAAACCAGAGCUCUGCCAACUGAUCUUGUCUACAUGGACGAUUCCCGGACUACUGUCGACAGGAUCGCGCUUCGGGGACUCUCGGCACCCAUGGAACGAGUCUGCAGGCGCGGUGCUGACGGACCAGACGGUUGUGACUCGUUGUGCUGUGGACGGGGAUACAACACUUACACCGUAGAGCAGACGACGAAGUGUAACUGCAAGUUCGAAUGGUGCUGUAAGGUGGUGUGUCAGAUGUGCACGAACACCACUCAAGUCGAUAUUUGUAAAUAA